AUGAAUGAACAGCUGCCUCUGUUGAUCCAAGGAUUCCGGAGAUCUGAGACAAACCAGGACAGCGCUACAGCCCAGCUACAACUGAUCAAUGCCAGCAAGGAAUUUAUACAGCCUGCCAGUCAGCUGGUAUCCGCCGCAAACGCCGCAGCCCCAACGGUUGGAGACCAAGCAGGGAGCAUGAACAUGAACCAGGCAGUGAAGACGAUGACAACCGCGCUCACUGAGCUGAGAACCGCCUCAGGGAAGGCAGAGGAGAUGUGUAUCUCACUGGAGGUUGACGCCGCACUUGAUCAGCUGACCAAACUCGACCGCGAGCUGGAGGAGUACCGCAGAGCUGCUGACAGCGGUAACCUUGUGCCACUACCUGGUGAAACGGUGGAGGCGUCGGCCAUGAAACUUGGCUCCACUUCUAAGAACAUGAAAUCAGCGAUGGCUCAGCUACUGACGGCUGCCUCACAGGGCAAUGAGAAUUACGUGGGUGUAGCAGCCAGGGACACUGCGAACGCCCUCCGCGUGCUGACAGAAGCCACGCGCAGUGUCGCCUCAACCUCAGAAGACAUCAAGGUCAGACGGCAAGUGAUCGACAGCGCCCGUGACGUCAUCGACAAGUCGACGCAUCUACUGGAGGAGACGAAGCGAGCCAUGAACGACCCAGAAAACCCUGAGAACCAGGCUAGACUUAACCAGGUGGCCAAGGCUGUGUCGAGUGCGCUCAACAGCUGUGUGAACGCCCUUCCCGGACAGAGAGACGUGGAUAACGCCAUCAGACAGAUCACAGACUCAAGCCAGGAGCUGGCGUCCACCAAGUACCCGAGCACAGACCGCACGUUCCAGGAGAUCCAGAUCGAGAACAACAACGCCGCUGUCAAUCUCAACCAGGCCGCCAGUGACAUCGUCACCGCAUCUCGUGGCACACCCAAACAACUUGCCGAGUCAUCUCGCGAGUACAGCUCGUCUUACUCAGAGAUCAUCAAAUCUGGACUCACCAUGGCAGGUCUGUCCAAGGAUGGAGACACACAGAACCAGAUUGUGGGCGGACUGAAGAACGUCUCCAUGGUUUCCAGUAAACUGCUGCUGGCCGCCAAGUCUGUGUCAGCCGAUCCAAACGCUCCCAACACCAAGAAUCUGCUCUCGCAGGCCGCCAGAGUGGUGACAGAGAGCAUUAAUCAGCUGAUCAACGUCUGUACUGUGUCGGCUCAAGGGCAGAAGGAGUGUGAUAACGCCCUCAGACAGAUACAGAUGAUGAAAUCUAUGCUGGAGAGUGCCAAUGAGCCAGUGACGGACCUGUCGUAUUUCGAAUGUCUGGACUCCGUCAUGGAGAAAUCUAAGCUGUUGGGAGACUCUAUGACUGGGAUCACGAACCACGCCAAGAAGGGCGACCUGGAGAACUUCUGUGACUCCGUGGGGAACUUCUCAACAUCUGUUUGUGGACCCGGGCUGGUGGACCAGUCCCAGUUUGCCCGGGCUAACCAAGCCAUACAGAUGGCGUGUCAGAACCUGGUUAACCCGGCCAGCUCCCAGCAACAGAGGCGGUCUCUGCAUGAUGUAAGAUAUCACGACGUAAUUGUAUACUUCCCAGAAUUCUGUAAACUUCCUGUCCAUAUAACACGUAGAAUCAUUAUACUGUUGUGUAAGCUUCUCUGUAGAGAGUUCGUCUGUAUGACUGGUAGCCAUGGUAACACAUUUCUUGUUGUUAAAGAGGAGCUUCAUUGUGAAAAUUAAAUCAUUUUCUGUUACAUUUUUCAUCAGACAUCUUGACAAGGGGAUCGAUUAAAAUGUUAUACUGUUGCCUAGUAACAGUUACCAUGGUACUGUGUGUAUCCCCGUAGGAACUGUGUAUCUAUCAUAUGAACUUUGUAUAUCUGUAGUGAUUGUAUAGACUCGGCGAGAUUGAACUCGCUAGAACUUGAUUAUCUCAACCUCUGCAAUUAGGGUACAUCAGUAGGUUAAACGUGUCUCAACUGCAGGCAAUUUCUAUUUUACUUUUAUACAGACUGAAUUAGAUUUUCUUUGUAGCUGGCAGUUUUCUCAACCUCAAAAGGUUAGACUUGCCAGGACUCGGGGAUAUUGACCAUAUUAACUAUAGUUAGUAGGGAUUUCUUUUCUAGUGAUAAAUGUUAGUGUAUAUAGUCCUCAGUCUUCACCUCAGUAGUGUUCUAAAGGACGUAGAUAGUCUGGUUCGACAUCUGUUAUCUAGUGAUAUAGGUUAGAUAGAGUCUUGUGUCUCUCUUUGUUUUCUGCAGUGUUACAGGCCUUCUUGCCUACAUACUGUCCUGUAGAAACACUGUCUUAUUGUUUCCACGGAAACCAUAGAGCAGCAAAGUUUAUUACGUUCAUUGUCACUGUUAUAUAGUGUAGGGCAACAAUUCAAUAGUGUCUGUUCAUGGUCUCUGUUAUAUAGUGUAGAGCAACAAUCAAUAGUCUCUGUUCACCGUCUCUGUUAUAUAGUGUAGAGCAACAAUUCAGUAGUCUCUGUUCAUGAUCACACAGAAUCUAGAUACAUCACAGACGAUAUGAUUAAAACGACAUUACGUAUCGUGAUAGAAGUUUAGACAAGAUUGUUAAAUAGUUCACACUGUGUAUCGUUAAGGUUGAAAUUCACUCCGUAUCACCUGUAUCUUACAUGUUACUGUGUAUCAUAUAUCAUAUAUAUCAUAGAAUCGGGAACAGCGCUAAGUGGGGGUUGCUAUUUACUUUACUAACAUGUAUUGCUGGAGAAAGCGUAUCUGAGUUAACAGAAUUGUAUCAUGUAUCAAGAAAUAUCGAAGUUAACAGAAUUGUAUCGUGUAUCAAAAAAUAUCAGAGAAAUAACAUCUACAGCAGUGUAUCAGGAAAAACAGAUAUAUGUGUGUAUAUCUCAAUGUUAGAAGUUUGUGAGGUAUCAGGCUAUGUAUCAUAUAUAUAUACAAGCAACAUCUUGUGUUCUACGUGAAAAAAUACUUUGAUGAAUGGAGGAGAUUAUCUACUUUUCAUACCUUUGCCAAGAUCUAAAAUCAGUUUUGUAUUAAGAAUUAAAAUAUUUUAACUAACAAUUUUACUUCAUACACAGAGUGAACUUGUAAUGACUUUGCUUUGAUUAACUUGUAAUUAUUUCUAACCUUGUCA